GACAUUUUCUAUACUUGUAAUUAACUAACCACUUGCCUCUCUAAUUUCUCCACCAACUGUCCUAUUUAUAACACAAAGAAAAAAUCAACCCCAACAAGAAUACAUAUAUACACAUUAACGCAUAGUUAAACAAAGUCAUAACCAAACACUCACAUUCAAGUCAAAGAUAAAAAGAAAGAUCGAGAAAGUUGCAACAAAAGCCAUGGAAGGUUUACAAAGAUCCGCAGUUUCCUUCCGGCGACAAGGUUCAUCAGGAUUUGUUUGGGAUGAUCGGUUUCUACAAGAAGAAAUCAACAAAAUGAACCAGAGUCAGCAGAAUAAUAAUCAAGAACAAGAGAAAGAUGAAAUCAAAGAGAUGAUGAAUCGUGAUGAGCCUCCGCAGCUUGGGUCGAUCAAUACUGUGCAGAGAAGUCGUUCUAACGGUGGUGGAGGUCGUGGUUAUCGUACUGGAAAAGUUUCGCCGGCGAUUGAGCCGCCGUCUCCGAGGAUCUCCGUGUGUGGAUUUUGUGGUGCUUUUGGAAAAGUUGGAGAGAAGACGAAACCGCCUAAGCAUCGAUCUAGGUGAUUGGGUGGUGGUUUGUGUUGGUCGGUGGUUAUAGUUGCCGGAGAUGGGAUAUUCCGGUGAAGGUGAAAGGUUAUGAUGUUUUUUUUUGUAAUAUUAAUUACUUUAGGUUUGUGGGGUAGUAGUGCCUAGUGGUUGAGUUGAGUUGAGUUCAUCAUGAAUUUGUAUUGUUAAUUAAGAACAUAAUGAUGAUGGGUCAUGUUUUAUUUUUC